GAUCACCACCUAAAGUCAUUACAGACUCUGUUGCUAACAUAUUUUACUCCAAAAACAGUGAGAUUGAAGCUAAAUCAUGCUGGCAACCAGGACUCUGCUGUCAAAACAAACACUGGCUGUUCUGUUUCGCCCGCCUGCCUGCUUUGUGCACCACGGUGACCAUGGCAACUGGGGGAACACCAAUGUUGCAGUGGUUUUCUCAGGAUGCGGAUGGUGGGAUGGGACUGAUGUCCACGAGGGGGUUUACACCAUGUACCACCUGAGCCGUAACGGCGCUCGCUUCCAGAUGUUUGCUCCCAACCAGCAGCAGAUGCAUGUGAUGGACCACAUGAGAAAGCAACCUGCCACUGGGGAGAACAGGAACAUGAUGAUGGAGUCGGCUCGCUUCAGUCACGGUCAGGGAAUGACACAAAUGCAGGACCUGUCCAAGCUGGACGUCAACACCUUUGAUGCCGUCAUCUUCCCUGGAGGUCACGGAGUCACCAAGAACCUGUCGUCGUUUUUGAAGGAUGGCAAAGACUGCAAGCUGCAUAAUGACGUGGAGAGGGUGCUUAAAGAUUUCCACCGUUCACGCAAACCUAUUGGAUUGGCCAGCAUGGCUCCCCUGUUGGCCUGCCGUGUGCUGCCCAACAUCGAGGUGACUAUGGGCUAUGAGCGGGAUGACAGCACUCGCUGGGGCAACUGGCCACACACAAGCCUGGUCCAGGCUGUGAAGAGCAUGGGUGCUCGCCACCAUGGCCGUGAGCCAUAUGAAGCCUAUGUGGACGAGAAGAACAAAGUGGUGAGCACUCCGUCCUUCAUGUGGGAGACAGACUAUCACUACCACUAUAUAUUUGACGGCAUUGGAAACAUGGUCAAACAUGUCAUGCGCAUGUCAACCAAGUGAGAGGAAACUUUAAGGAUGGAAAAGUAAGACAGAAAGUUGGCACUGUUAUACAACAUACACCUCUGUAUUGAGAUGAAUUCCUGUUGGAAGUAAUAAGUAUAUGCUAAUAAAUAAAAUAUAUGGUUUAGUUAAAGAGCAAA